AUGGAGCGCGGGCCGGGCCGGCCCAGCCUGCAGCUCGUCCAGCAGGCCGUGCAGGCGCUCUACCACGACCCCGACCCCAGCGGCAAGGAGCGGGCCAGCUGCUGGCUGGGCGAACUGCAGCGUUCGGUCCAUGCCUGGGAGAUCUCGGACCAGCUGCUGCAGAUCCACCAGGAUGUGGAGUCCUGCUACUUCGCGGCGCAGACCAUGAAGAUGAAGAUCCAGACUUCAUUCUAUGAGCUCCCCACGGAUUCCCACGCCUCACUCCGGGACUCUCUGCUGUCCCACAUCCAGAACUUGAAGGACCUGUCCCCGGUCAUUGUCACACAGCUGGCUUUGGCAAUAGCUGACCUCGCCCUGCAGAUGGCUUCCUGGAAGGGCUGCGUGCAGACCCUGGUGGAGAAGUACAGCAAUGACGUGACGUCGCUGCCGUUCCUGCUGGAGAUCCUGACGGUGCUGCCGGAGGAGGUGCACAGCCGCUCGCUGCGCAUCGGGGCCAACCGCCGCACCGAGAUCAUCGAGGACCUGGCCUACUACUCCAGCACCGUGGUGUCCCUGCUGGUGACGUGUGUGGAGAAGGCGGGCAAUGAGGAGAAGAUGCUCAUCAAAAUCUUCCGCUGCCUGGGCAGCUGGUUCAACCUGGGUGUCCUGGACAGCACCUUCAUGGCCAACAGCAAGCUGCUGUCCCUCCUCUUCGAGGUGCUGCAACAGGACAAGACCUCGUCCAACCUGCACGAGGCUGCGUCGGACUGCGUGUGCUCGGCCCUGUACGCCAUCGAGAACGUGGAGACCAACCUGCCCCUGGCCCUGCAGCUGUUCCAGGGCGUGCUCACCCUGGAGAGCGCCUAUCACAUGGCUGUGGCACGGGAGGACCUGGACAAGGUGCUCAACUACUGCCGUGUGUUCACCGAGCUGUGCGAGACCUUCCUGGACAAGAUCGUGUGCACGCCGGGCCAGGGCCUGGGCGACCUGCGCACGCUGGAGCUGCUGCUCAUCUGUGCUGGGCACCCACAGUACGAGGUGAGCAGGGCAGCU